UUGCCAAACACCUUCAAUUGGCUUUCUGGGCCCGUCGUCCCGGGAUUGAUGCAUUGGCCUUGGAGCCCUCUUCAACGCAACCUGUCUGAGGAUGGCUUCAAAAGCCCCCAAGACCAUUGCCAUAAUUGGCUCUGCCAUCGCCGGACCAACUCUUGCCCUUCAGAUUCUCUCCAAUCCCAUUCUCAGAUCCGCCUUCCGACCUGUGCUAUUCGACCAGGCCGCCGCCCCAGGCUUGGAAGGCCACAAUGAGAAGAACCGCGCCGGUGCCUCAGUCGGCCUCUUCUCCAAUGGCCUCUACCCGCUGUACCGUCUAGGUCUCGAAGACAUUGUCAAGAAACGCGGCUACGAGUGUGGUCAGAUGUCUACCUGGAGUUGCGACUACGAGGGGGGCAGCAAGAGGCUCAAUACGCAGGCGAAUGUCAUGUGGAGUCAUGAGCUUCAGAUCGGGGUCAUGUACUUUGAGCGGCGGGCUUUGCAAUCCCUCCUAGUCGAGAAGGUCAAGGAAUUUGGCGGUCAUGUUUUUUGGGCCAAGAAGACAACGGGCUUCGACGCCCUCACCAACGGCCAGACGAGGGUCCAUUUCGCUGACGGGUCGGACAUGGUAGUUGAUCUGCUCGUUGGCGCCGACGGCGGAUUCUCGUCGGUUCGUAGGUUCAUCUUGGACCAGCGAAACAGCGCCACGGCGGCGGGCAGGUGGUUGCCCGACUUUAUGGGCUUGACGGGAUUCUACGGCGUUUCAACCGGUAUCAAGGCGGAGGGCGCUUCGGCUCUGUUUAGUGACACGCAGCUCCUCUGGCUGCAACGAGGGUUCCUGGCUUCUGGACCCUGCCCCGACGGCAAAAUACGGUGGGACCUGGUCCUACAAGAAAAGAAACCUCCAAUGUCGAAUUCUCCUCUUGAGUCGACACCGGAAUCAACCACUGGUGCUGAACGUUGGCAAUCGGCCAUCAUCCCGAGCCAAUAUCCCUAUCACUCCACCGUCGAGAUUCUGCGCAAGCAUGAAAACAUUUUCCACCCCUACAGCGGCACGUUGGGGAAGCUGUUCGGCUCCGCAGAUCGCAUCAUCCGCACACCAUUACGACAACGUGUUUGGAAGCAAGAUGAGAUUCAAUGUGGAAAUGCCGUCCUGAUCGGUGAUGCCGCCAGACUGAUGAUGCCGACCAGCGGCCAAGGCACCGGGUUCGCCAUCGAGGACGCAACAGUGCUCGCCCGGGAACUACUCAAGCACGCGUCGUCCCCCAAGGACAACAGCCUCCGGCAGGCACUCGAGACGUAUGCACAGGCCCGAGAACCCCGAUCGAAGAAGAUGGCUCGCGCGGCGAGUGUUGCAGCAUCUAUGAGCACGAGCUCGGGAUUGUUCUGGAGGGGGCUCCGGUAUGUCAGCUCAAGGCUGCAACCGGACCGGCUGGAGGACAAAAAACCAACGAAGAAAGAUUCAUGGCCAUUUAACGAGCGUCUUGACGUUGAUGACUCGUCCAAGUAGGCAUGGAUUGGACUCUGGCGACGGGAUAUUCGUAUAGAUUUAGAAACACG